AUGAGUGAUGAAGAAGAGGACGAGGGAUUCGAAUGGGGCCCUUCGCAUCCCUGCUUCCCCCACCCAAAUCCGCAUUGCGCCGCGGACAGCGCGGAAGCGAAGGCAACACGCGUGAUUCGGGUUCGGAGAGACUGGCUGCAAGCAGGGGAUCUAUAUCCGCAAUACGCCAACCUGUACCCGGAGAUUCUCGACCCGCUGGUCACGGACGAGGACUUCCGUUUCCUGGUUUCGAACGUCAAUGCGCGGCUCAAGGCUGCUUUCGACCCCUUCACGAGCCGCGCGUGGGCGGAUACGUUGUUGGGAGUGGUGACGGGAUUCGUAUGGGAUGAUCUGGGCUUCACGGGGGCCAAGACGGGGAUCAAAGGUCUGGAGGCUUUUAUUGAUAAGUGGAACGCGGACAAGAGGCGGGAAGGGAAGGAUGUGCGAGUGGUGCAGUUGAGACGGACGGGGUUCAUGGCUAUGGACUUUGUUAUCCCGGAUCCGGGCAUUGAUGUUGUGGAUGAUGGCAACGAGCGAGAAGGGGAGUACGAGGGCGGUAUAGGGCCUGCGAUGUAG